UGCAGCCAGGAAUGACACAAAACCACAACAAGCAGCACUAACGCUGAGGAUCAUGGGAGCUGUCACUCCACCAAAGCCAAAGGCUUCUCUACGGUGGCCUGGGAAUGAUAGAUGUAUAUGCUUGAAUAUACUGUGUGGGUGUAAAUCAAUUAGCAGCAGAUACGGGCCCCUCCUCAGAUACCAACCAUGUCUUAUCUAGUCACAUGUGUGGCCUUUGCCCCUCCUGGGAGAAUCCGGGUCACAUUAACCCUUAACGCCAUCUAGUCAAUAGCGCUUGCUCUGUAUCCUGAGCUGUGAUCCCAGCUAGCACUGAAAGGGUUACCAGGAGCUGAUGCCUGCGCCCAGCAUGAUACCUGUUUGAUACCAUUUGUACUGGGGAGACAUAUAAAUACAGGCACAGGCCAGGGGGAGCCACAUAACCCUGUGAAUACCUACUGCCUGCAGGAUGUUUCUAUCCCUGGUGCUGUGCGUUGGCAUUUUGCUGGGAUCAUCAACAGCCUCCAGCAUCGAGUCUCGCUUGUCUUCCUUUGCUGGUGAAUAUGGCUCAGGUGGUGGCACCGCCUUCUCGUUCUCUUCGGAGCAGGUGAAUGGACCAAUCACUGGUCUGCGAGUGCGAGAGAACCCGAGCCACGUCAUUGGCCUCCAGUUCCGAUACGGAAAUACGUGGGGAACCUAUUACGGGAACACAGCGGGGCCCAUCCUUGAGUUUCUGCUCCGCCCAGGAGAGAACAUUACCCAGGUAUCAGGGAAGAUAGCUUCCUACGUAAAUCAGCUGAUGUUUGUGACAAGCCAUGGACGCAUCUUCCGCUUUGGCCAACCCUCGGGCACCAGCUUUAAUGAUUUCCCUUUGUAUCCGACCACCGCCCUGCGCUACGUGAGUGGUCGCUAUUCCUCCGUCAUACACAGCAUUGGCUUCCACUGGGGCUACCAGCCUGGCUGUGUGCACUGCAAGACUGAGGAAUAGAGGUUCCACCCUUGCCCAGGCUUUAUUGCCCCCAUUAACAGAUGGAAUGACACAACAGCUUGAUCUGUAGUCAAUAAAUGAGAUUUUCCUGA